ACUACAAAUUGGGGUGCCAGGGGCACCAGGAAGCUUCUGGGAGGUCCUGCUGCAGGAGCUGGUGAUUCUCUGGGGGUGGGAAGCACCAUAAAUUCCCAAGAUGACGGACCAGCAAGCAGAAGCUCGUGCCUUCCUCAGUGAGGAGAUGAUUGCUGAGUUCAAAGCUGCCUUCGACAUGUUUGAUGCUGAUGGCGGUGGAGACAUCAGCACCAAGGAGCUGGGGACAGUGAUGAGAAUGCUGGGCCAGAACCCCACCAAAGAGGAGUUGGACGCCAUAAUUGAGGAGGUGGACGAGGAUGGCAGCGGCACCAUCGACUUCGAGGAGUUCUUGGUCAUGAUGGUGCGCCAGAUGAAAGAGGAUGCCAAAGGCAAGUCUGAGGAGGAGUUGGCCAACUGCUUCCGCAUCUUUGACCGGAAUGCGGAUGGGUUCAUUGACAUUGAGGAGCUGGGUGAGAUCCUGAGAGCCACUGGAGAGCCUGUCACUGAUGAGGACAUAGAGGACAUGAUGAAGGACUCAGACAAGAACAAUGAUGGUCGCAUUGACUUUGAUGAGUUCCUGAAGAUGAUGGAGGGUGUGCAGUAAAGGACCAGACAUUCCUCGGGCCGGCUGCUGCAUCCAGCCCUGCUCCCUUGCUGUCCAGGGAGCAGCAGCUCCACGGCAUCUGGCCCUCAGCAGUGGCUGGGACCUUGCUCUGUGCCAGGGUCCCAGUCUCAUCUCACCACCGGCGGCUGAGCUUUUCCUCCCAUCUGUCACCUGUGGCUUUGAUUCGAGCCUCAAUUAAAGAGGAAAGGCUUGA